CCGCGGGGAGAAGAGGAAAACUUGAGAAAGAAGUAGUCCACCCUCCGUUUUUCCAUCACAGCCACUACAUCCCACCAUGCUUUCCCUUUUCAGCAGCAGAAGCUCCAAGUUUCUGGUUGUGUCGAUCGCAGAGGAGAGCGGCAGCGGCGGGAGUGCAGUGCGGAGGGAGAAGAAGGGGAGUUGUAGCGAGAGGAGGGCGAGAAAAGGGGAAGGCGGUGAUGGACAACUCACGAGAGGUGGAGGCGUACAUGGACCCCAAGGCGACGGUGGGGGGUGGAGUCGAGGACGCCUACGGCGAGGAUCGCGCCACCGAGGAGCAGCUCGUCACCCCUUGGACCUUCUCUGUCGCCAGUGGGUAUAAUCUACUAAGAGAUCCGCACCACAACAAAGGGCUUGCCUUCACCGAGAAAGAGAGAGAUGCUCACUACUUGCGAGGCCUAUUGCCUCCGAUUGUCGUAAGUCAAGAGCUUCAGGAGAGAAAGCUGAUGAGCAGUCUUCGCCAAUACAAAGUUCCCUUGCAGCGCUAUGUGGCGAUGGUCGACCUUCAGGAGAGAAAUGAAAGGCUUUUCUUCAAGCUUCUGAUCGACAAUGUGGAGGAGUUGCUUCCAGUUGUCUAUACACCUACCGUCGGUGAGGCUUGCCAGAAGUAUGGUAGCAUCUUUAGACGUCCGCAGGGUCUAUAUAUCAGUUUGAAAGAGAAGGGGAAAAUUCUUGAGGUGCUGAAGAACUGGCCUGUGUGGAGCGUUCAAGUUAUUGUGGUGACAGAUGGUGAGCGCAUUUUGGGGCUAGGAGAUCUUGGUUGCCAGGGAAUGGGAAUUCCAGUUGGUAAACUUGCUCUCUAUACAGCCCUUGGAGGACUUCGUCCAUCAGCGUGCUUACCAAUAACAAUUGACGUUGGAACGAACAAUGAGCAGUUGCUCAAUGAUGAGUUCUAUAUCGGCCUAAGACAAAGGCGAGCUAGAGGCCAGGAAUAUGAUGACCUUCUCCAUGAGUUCAUGUGUGCUGUUAAGCAACAAUAUGGCGAGAAGGUCCUAGUUCAGUUUGAAGACUUUGCCAAUCAUAAUGCAUUUGAUUUGCUUACAAGAUAUAGCAAAACACAUCUUGUCUUUAAUGAUGACAUCCAGGGAACAGCUUCUGUGGUCCUUGCUGGACUUGUUGCAGUACUGAAAUUGGUUGGAGGAACCUUAGCAGACCACACAUACUUGUUCCUUGGUGCUGGUGAGGCUGGUACUGGUAUUGCAGAGCUCAUUGCACUGGAGAUGUCAAGACAGACAGGUACUCCGAUCGAACAGAAUCGUGAAAAGAUUUGGCUUGUUGAUUCUAAGGGAUUGAUUGUCAGCUCCAGGUUAGAAUCUUUACAACACUUCAAGAAACCUUGGGCGCAUGACCAUGAACCUGUUAACAACCUUCUAGAUGCUGUCCAGGUCAUCAAGCCAUCUGUAUUAAUAGGAACCUCUGGAGUAGGGAAGACUUUUACGCAAGACGUAGUUGAGACCAUGGCUUCAUUUAAUGAGAAACCUGUCAUUCUUGCUCUGUCAAAUCCAACAUCGCAAUCUGAAUGUACUGCUGAGGAAGCUUACACUUGGACUAAGGGUCGUGCAAUCUUUGCCAGUGGGAGCCCAUUUGAUCCUGUUGAAUAUGAAGGGAAGACUUUUGUACCUGGUCAGGCAAAUAAUGCUUACAUUUUUCCUGGUCUUGGUCUUGGCUUGGUGAUAUCUGGAGCCAUACGUGUGCACGAUGAAAUGCUUCUUGCAGCCUCGGAAGCUUUAGCCCAACAGGUGACGCAGGAGAAUUUUGACAAGGGAUUGAUCUAUCCUCCCUUCAAAAGUAUCAGAAAGAUAUCUGCACAUAUUGCUGCUAGCGUGGCCGCCAAAGUAUACGAACUUGGAUUGGCCACUCGUCUUCCUCGCCCAGAAAACCUGGUGAAAUAUGCAGAGAGUUGCAUGUACACCCCGGCAUACCGCUGUUACCGUUGAAUUGGCAAAACAGCAAUAACUUGUUUUUGUAGUAGUCACAGUUAGGUCCAAUAGUUACACUCUCCGGGAUCAUUGUUUCUUUUGAUGUUGUUGUCUGAAGUGUUUUUAGCCCCUUCUGUUCACCGGGCAAUCAUCAAUAAUCUUUGGUAGAAAUAGUUGUGGUGGAUGGAAAUGGAUGCUGCCAUGACAGUUAUAUCUUCUUAAUCUCAAUAAAAUGCUUCCCUUCAUUGA